AUGAAUAACUAUGUACAUCCUAACUCUGCACGAUGUGAUAAAAGUGAGAUUGAUUUAUUUGAUAUUCCUUCUACGCAACUCAGUUUGGAAAAAGGACGAUGGAUUGAUUAUCACGCACUCUCUAGUGUAGAAAAUGAUGAUGGACCAAUUACAUUUCUAAUAGCAGGUACCGAAGAUUAUAUUGAUAUGUCAAAAAUGAUUCUUGUAAUUGAACUAAAAAUGACAAAAUCCGAUGGUACCCCUCUAGGAGGGAAUGAACAAUCAAGUGUAGCUCCUAUUAACAAUUUUCUACAUAGCUUGUUUAAACAAGUUGAUGUUUACUUAAAUGGAAAACAAGUUACACCAGCAAUGGGUACUUAUGCUUAUCGUGCCUAUUUGGAAACCCUCCUAAACUAUGAUGUCUCAGCAAAACAAUCUCAGCUCACCUCUGCACUAUACUACAAAGAUACCCCCGGACAUAUGGACAGCACAGGAAGUCUUCCAACGGAAGAAUCUGUUACAGUUGUUACGGGGCAUACCAAGUCUAGUAGUAACAUCUGGAAUGCUCCCACAACAAAAACUCUGAAAUACUUAGUACCAGGAAGUGGAAAUCAAGGUUUUGCUAAACGUCAUAAAUUUAUUCAAGAUGGAAAACUAUUGGUAAUGGCAGGACCUAUUUUCUGUGAUGCAUUUAUGACAGAACGAUUAUUACUCAGCAUGGUGGACCUUAAAGUAAUCCUAAAUAGAAACUCAGACAAAUUCUGUUUAGUAGAUAAGAAUAAUGUGGUUAUGAAUGCAAAAGUCAAACUUGUGGAUGCAACACUUAAAGUACGUAAAGUUAAAGUCAACGAUACAGUUAGUAAAGCACACGAAAUGACCCUAAGAUCUGUACCUGCUACCUACCCUAUACGACGUGUCGAAUGUAAAGCCUUUACCAUCCCUGGGAAUCUUCCCCAAAUAAGAAAAGAUAAUAUGUUUGCAGGAAUUAUUCCAAAAACAUUUAUAUGUGGAUUUGUAGAGGCUGAUGCUUUUAGCGGUGUUUAUGGUAAAAACCCCUAUAAUUUUCAACACUUUAAUGUGUCAUCAGUAACAUUAACAGCCAACGGAGAAGAAAUACCUUUCAAACAACUUGUUCUUAAUCAUAAAGAAAACAAAGAAAAUUUCAUUCAAGCAUACAACACACUAUUCUCUGGUACAGGAAAAAUGAACAUGAAUACAGGUCUUGAUAUUGAUAGAGAAGAUUAUUUUAAAGGAUUCACCCUUUACGCAUGGGAUCUCACCCCUGAUAUGUGUGGUGUUUCUCCCUAUUUUAAUACAGUACAACGAGGAUCGCUGACACUUGACAUCACGUUUGCUGCUGGGGAUGUUCCUACCAAUCCUAUUUCUCUCGUAUGCUAUGGAGAUUUUGAAAAUAUUAUACAAAUUGACGCAGAGAGAAAUGUAAUGUAUGAUAUAUCCUCAUGA